AUGUGUACCUUUGGAGUAACAAUACAUCCCUCUCGUUUAUUUUUCAUUGGUGAAACAACGUUUGACAGUCGAUUACCUAUUUACAAUGUUAUUCCUGGCGAACUACAGCAAUCUAUAAGCCGUGGUCAGAGUAUGCAGAAAUUAGCUCGAGGAUUAUCGCUUGUUGUUGAAAAAAUAAGUGAAAGUGAUGAGAAAAAUGACAUUAAAUGGAUUAUGGUUAUGGAUGACGAUACAUUUAUUUCUCCGCCAAAUUUGAAUAUGUUAGUUUCUCAGUUCGAUUCUCAACGUUUGCUGAUAAUUGGUCAGUCUACGUGUGGAAUAGGAUUUUGUGGAGGAGCAGGAUAUGUUAUUUCAAGAGGAGUAUUUCGUCAUUUUCCAUCAUUUAUUCAUAAAUGUCGACCUUUGCCUGGAAUAGCUGAAAGUGAUCAAUUUGUUCCGCUUUGUAUUAAAAAUCGAACGAAAGUUGAAUUUGUUAAUAGAAAGGAAUUCAAUUCUCAGCCACCUGAAUUUUAUUUGACAGAUUUUGGCUACAAAGAUCAUCCCGAUGGUUUUGGACAAGCAGUCAGCUUUCACUAUAUUAGACCAGGUGAAAAAUAUGUAGCAUUAUGGCGAUUACAUCAAGCAUUUAUGAAAUCAUGCUGA